GUGGCAUUGGCCAUUGACGAAGGUGACAUAUGCGAUCAAAGAAAUACCAAAAUGGUCAAUUAUGCUAACUCAGCUUAUAAGCAGGAGAGGACCGCGACCCUUCCAGUUCGCUACAUUGGGUGCCCACGGCCAAGGAGCCGUUUCCUUCGCGAACACAGAGUAAAGAUAUAGAUUCUAUUAUAUGGCAUCUCCCCAGUUACCGGAAAAGCUUCGCCGAACUACCGGCUCGGGUAAUCGACGUUGGACUGGACGGACAGGAUCCAUUCUUACAUGUUUCUCAAGGGGGUCAGGGGGCGUAUCUCGCUCUCAAUCACCGAUAUGAAUGUCCUGGUUGGGACCCAACGUUUGAAUCCAUCCCCCAAACAUUCCACGAUGCCAUAGAAAUUUCGCGGAGCUUGAAUAUUCAAUACCUAUGGAUUGAUACUGUGUGCAUGGUUGGGGAUGAGAAAGCCGAUGAUAUUGCCGAUGUAUAUUCGUACGCGUCUCUGACCCUUUUUGCGGAUCGAGCUAGCCAUAUCGACGACGGCCUUUUCCGGGGCGUCGGUUCAACACAACCCCCUCGAAUACUGCGAUUCACGGAUGGAAAAUCAGGUAUAACCACCGAAGUCCUCGCUUAUACCCGACUAAACACAAGCAUAGAGAUAUCCAUACUCGAUGCGUCUGACUUAUUCUACCAGCAGCCUGGUCAGAGAAACUCUCAACCUGAUGGCAGAACUGGGAAAAUAUGGGAACACCUUCUACAAGAAGAAUGUCUCUCAGAUCGGAGAAUCUGCUUCACGGAUACAGGAAUAAAGUGGGACCGCGAAGCGUACACCUGUUGUGAAUGUGACACGUCCAUUUACGAAGACGAAACUAAUCUUAGGACCAUCUUUUUUCAACUCACCAACUCCGAUUGUUGGGAAUACGAGGACUACCCGAUGAUUCCCCUAAAACGUUGGCAGGACCUCAUUGAACGAUAUACAUCUACGAACCGAGCCUACGAUUCUAAGAGACUCGUGGCAAUAGCAGCCAUAGCGUCCAACAUCCCAAGGCCGCCGCAGGAUUACCUUGCUGGUUUGUGGCGCGGUCAUCUCGACAAGAGCCUUCUCUGGAAAGCGGCCGAGCCAUUUUCCCAGUGCCGUAGGAUAACCGAAGGCGGCGUACCAUCGUGGUCAUGGGCUUCUAUAUCCGGGCCGAUACAAUUUAUCAGGCUCCAGUGGUAUACGGAUGCAGAUUCCGAUAUAGACAUGGACGUGGAUAUUGAUUUGGAUACAGACGAUGACAACCGGUUUACAUGGCAAAUAUUGGGAGCCUGGUGCGUCCUUCAAGAUAAUAAUGACCCCUAUGGACCGGUUAAGAUAGGAUCCCUACGGGUAAGGAGUCAAGUCUGUACAGUGAGAGUCGAGGAGAUGCCAGAGUGCAUUAACAAGCUGGGCAUCAUGCCAGCUCAUUCGGAUCUCUACAUCCGUCCUUUUCUUCCUCGGGUGUUGGAGUUGGAUGUUCCAAGUGAUUGGCAUAUCCUAACAUCCGAGAGUCCGCCCCAGUCCCAACUCGUAAGUGCCGCAGUGGAAGAUAUGAUUUCCAAGGAAUAUGGCGCAUCACGCAUAUUGUGUCUACUCCUGAGGAGUUCACCAAGUCGCAUUGGCUGCUGGGAGAGAGUUUGUUACGUCCCUCUCUGCGAUCACUUGGAUUUGUGGAGAUCAUGUUUUUCUAAGGAAGAAAUUAUCAUCGUCUAGCUAACGGGCCAAGAAAUAUCGGCUUCAGUGUUAGACCGGUGGUGACACAACAUGCGCGUUUCGCAAUUCCCUAACCACGCGAAUCCUCUUGCUUAGAUAGGUAUUUCCUAAUAACAAGUUAAACACAGCCACUAUUUUCUUUAUUUGAAUGCCUCUCCUAGCACCUCAGUGAGGGUAUCUAAAUGUACUAACAUAGCCACCAUCGGGGGCAUAACAGGCAACAAUGGGCGGCCUCGCAGCCUUCUCAAUACGCGGGGUUGUACUUUGACUUGACACAAGUGCGAUGUGUAACAUGGUCCGCACCCCAUAUGCAACACUUUGUCAACAAGGGUUGCGUUCCGCUCGUCACAAAGCCAUGGCCCCUCUUGUACGGCGUCUCGUCGCUGAGCUUCGCAUGACUAUCCGAGGCGAACGAAUAAUCUCAGUGGAGAUAUGAUAUAGAUGCUCACAAUAUUCAAUCAGCACUACCCCCCACAUAGCUUUAGCCGAAUGGUCAGUCUGUAUCGUUUGACCUACAAGUCCAGUGACUUUCUUUUUACACGCGGUGCCAGGUGGGCGAUCCAAGGCGUUCUGUCUAGGUGGAAUGGGAUGGGGAAAUGUAAAAAGGUACUCCGGAGUACGUAUAGGGUUAUACAGUUCUCAUUAACUAGGCGUGACUGAGACCUACAUAAC